AUGGCCGACGAUAGCAACCUCGGAGUCUACGUAAUGACGCCGCCGGACGUUGAUGUAUGCCCUUCCGAGUCCAAGCUGCCGGAGAACUCAGCUCAUUUUCUAGACCUCCAGCAACCGUCGUCGCCACAGACCUUACUCCCCCCCAAAGGCCAUGACGGCCAGAGCCUUGACCUUCCCAAUCUGAAAUUCCAGAAGUGCGAUGCCGAUCAAGAAUGGGAUCUGGAGCCUGCAAAGUUCGACUUCAUCCACGGUCGGAUGCUUGCAUCGGGCAUCCAUGACUGGCCGGGCCUGCUCGCGAAGAGUUUCAUGCAUCUGUGCCUUGGCGGGAGGCUCGAAUUUCUGGACCUCUGUCACCCAUUCCGGGCGGCGAACCAGCAGUUUGAUAAUGCUGCCUCUUCACCAUUCAUUCACUUCGGCCAUCUAGCCGAGAGGACAUGGGUUCGCAACGGUCUGGAUUACUAUGCCACGACGAAGCAUACACAACGACUGAGUGAGCUCGGGUUCGAAGAGAUCAACGAGCAUGAGACCAGAAGGCCUCUAGGAGAGUGGACCGAAACGCCUCGUGAACAACAAAUCGGCAAGCUAACAUUGCAAAAUUUCUUGACUUUCAUUGACGUAGCGGGCGAAGCCUUACUCACUGGUCACAAUGCCAUGUCGAAGGCGGAAGCAAGGGACUUGGUGCGGAAGGCGAGGGAGGAUUUGAAUGAUAAUUGUCUCGAGAAGAGAUUCUACCUGACAAUGUAG